AUGACCAUGAAGACUAUAUUUUUCUGGUAUUGUCGACCACCAGUUAUAGGUGGUGUUUGGAGCAAGUCUGCAUUUGGCGUUUACACGCCAUGUGCCAUUGACUCACUUGUGCUCUCUAUUUCUCACAUGCUUCUUCUAGCUCUAUGUAUGUAUAGAAUUUGGCUCAUCUUCUACAAAUAUAAAUCACAAAGGUUUUGCUUCAAGUCUAACAUCUUCAACUAUUUCUUAUCUUUUUUGGCUACUUACUUUGCCAUUGAGCCUUUGUUUAAAUUGAUAGCCAAAAUUCCAAUCUUCAAUUUAGAUGCCCAACAACCUGGAUUUGCCCCAUUUGAGGUGGUUAACUCGAUGAUUCGAGCUCUUACAUGGGGCUCCAUGCUUGUAAUGUUGGUUGUUGAAACCAAAGUUUACAUAUUUCAAUUUCGAUGGGCCAUUAGGUUUGGGGUUGUUUACGUAUUAGUGGCCAAGAUUGUAAUGCUCAAUUUAAUUCUUUCAGUCAGGGAUAUGUACAAGAGAUAUAUUCUAUGUUUGUACAUCAUUGAAGUCUUCUUCCAGGCUUUAUUUGGUGUUCUCUUACUUGCAUAUUUUCCUAGCUUAGAUGUUCUCAGUAAUGAAGGUACAGAUGUGAUUACUAAUAAACUUGUGGAUACUUUAGAAAAUGAAGAACUUGUCCAAGGAGAACAUUUAUGUCCCGAGCGACAUGCAAACUUAUAUUCAAAAAUGACUUUCGCAUGGAUGAAUCACAUAAUAAAGAUAGGAUACAAAAGACCUCUGACAGAGAAGGAUGUAUGGAAAUUGGAUACAUGGGACCAAACUGAAACAUUAUUCAAUUGCUUUCAAAGAACUUGGGAGGAAGAAUGUAAAAAGUCCAAACCAUAUCUUCUUAGAGCGUUACAUAGUAGCUUUGGAGGAAGGUUUUGGUUUGGUGGCCUGUGGAAGACUGGCAGUGAUGUUUCUCAAUUUGUGGGACCUGUCCUUUUAUGUAAACUUUUAGAGUGCAUACAGCGUGGAGAUCCACCUAGAAUUGGUUACAUUUAUGCCUUCUCAAUAUUUGUAGGAGUGCUAUUUGGAGUGUUAUGUGAAGCACAAUAUCUUCAUAAUGUAAUGCGUGUUGGUUUUCGAUUGAGAUCAGUCUUGGUUGCGUCUAUUUUUCGUAAAUCAAUGAGGUUAACCCAUGAGGAUAGCAACAAAUUUGGUACAGGAAAGAUAACCAACUUGAUGACUUCCGAUACUGCAGCACUUGAGAAUAUAACCAAGUCACUUCACGAAUUAUGGUCAUCUAUAUUUCGUAUAAUAGUUGCAAUGGUUCUCAUAUACCGCCAAUUGGGGGUUUCAUCACUUCUUGGUGCAUCAUUGCUUAUUCUUUUGUUUCCCAUCCAGAAACUCGUGACCAAUAGAUUGCGGAAACAAUCCAAAGAGCAGUUGCAAUGUACAGACAAGAGAAUUGGUCUUAUCAAUGAGAUUUUAGCUGCAAUGGAGACAGUGAAAUAUUAUGUUUGGGAGAGUAGUUUUCAAUCCAAAGUACAAAGCAUUCGAAAGUUGGAAUUGUCAUGGUUUCAGAAAGCAGCAUUUCUCAAAUCGAUCAAUAGUUUCAUAGUUCAUAUCAUUCCUUGUUUGGUGGUUGUGACUUCCUUUGGAUUAUUCACAGUUUUUGAAGGAAACUUGACUCCAUCUAGAGCAUAUACAUCCCUUUCACUGCUUUCAGUACUCAUAUUUUCUUUAUGCAUGUUUUUCGGUGCAAUACCUCAGGUGGUAAAUGCGGUUGUAUCGUUAAAGCGUGUGGAGGAGUUAGUUGUAGCUAAAGAGAGAAUUGUACUUCCAAAUCCACCAUUAAAUCCAGACCUUCCAUCCAUCUUAAUAAAGAAUGGAAACUUUGCUUGGGAUAUAAAUCAUGUAAGGUUCACGUUGUCAAACAUUAAUUUGGAGAUACCAAUGGGUAGCUUAGUGGGAGUUGUUGGAAGUACAGGGGAAGGAAAGACAUCACUACUAUCAGCCAUGCUUGGAGAACUUCCACCAGUACCUAGGGAUGCGGAUGCAAAUGCUUCUGUUUUUAUUCAAGGAGAUGUUGCUUAUGUUCCACAAGUUUCAUGGAUUUUUAAUGCAACAGUGCGUGAGAAUAUUUUAUUUGGUUCUCCAUUUGAUUCUGCCAAAUAUGAAAAGACAAUCGAUAUAACUGCAUUACACCUUGACAUUGACUUACUACCAGGUGGUGAUCUUACUGAAAUUGGAGAAAGAGGAGUGAAUAUCAGCGGUGGUCAAAAACAAAGAGUUUCAUUGGCAAGGGCAGUCUACUCCAAUUCUGAUGUAUACAUUUUUGAUGAUCCUUUUAGUGCUCUUGAUGCUCAUGUCGCUACUCAGGUUUUUGAAAAAUGCAUUAACGGAGAAUUAAGAGGGAAGACUAGAGUUGUUGUGACCAACCAACUACACUUUCUACCUCAAUUUGACAAAAUUAUCCUCCUUCAUGAAGGCAUGGUGAAGGAGGAAGGAACGUAUGAAGAACUAAAAGAAAACGGGAAGUUGUUCCAAACGCUAAUGAAAAAUGCAGGAGUAUCAAAAGAAAGUGAUGAAGUUUGGGAAGACGGAGAAACCAAUGGUACUAAAAAAUCAUCAUCAGGACUUCCACUUGCUAAUAACGAGAUCGAAAAUGAUUCUGUAGAUGCUACUACAUCACAAUACCUUACUAGGCAACAAAACACUACUCUGAUCAUGCAAGAAGAACGAGAAACGGGCCUACUUGGUUGGAAUAUUGUACUUAGAUACAUGAAGGCAUUAGGAGGUGUUUGGGUUGUUAUUAUACUCCUCGUGUAUUUGGUUUUGUCAAUCACUCUUACAAUUCUUGAGAACCUAUGGUUGAAGAAAUGGACUGGCCAACGUAGCUUAGGACGAACUCAAACUUUAUACAACAACGCCAUAUAUGCCGUCUUGUUAUUUAGUCUGGUAUUGUUGAGACUACUAUAUUCUAUAUGGUUCAUCACGUCGAGCCUACAUGCAGCUAGAACGUUGCACGACCAAAUGCUUUUGUCUACUAUAAAAGCUCCAAUGUUGUUCUUUAACAUCAAUCCUCUUGGUAGGAUCGUCAAUCGAUUUUCGAAGGAUAUAGGGGAGAUUGAUAGAAUCAUUCCACAACGUCUCCAUGUGCUUUUGGAGCAAAUUUCAUCUAUCCUUUGUACUUUCAUCUUGAUUGGAAUUUUGAGCACUCUAUCGUUGUGUGCAAUCUUUCCUCUUAUCUUAUGCUUUUAUGUAGUCUAUUUAUACUACCAGAGGACAUCUCGCGAAGUACGACGACUAGACUCGAUAAGUAGAUCUCCUGUUUAUGCACAAUUUACUGAAGCUCUAAAUGGGGUAUCAACCAUUCGUGCAUACAAAGCUUAUGAUAGGAUUGUUGAAACCAAUGGAAAAUCUAUGGACAACAACAUUAGAUUUAGCCUUGCGAUGAUAAGUGGAAACCAAUGGCUAGCCAUUCGCUUACAAACUGUGGGAGCUCUAAUGAUUUGGCUUACAACAACUUUUGCAGUGAUGAGGAAUAGCAAAGAAAAAAACCAACAAGCAUUUGCAACCACCAUGGGACUUCUAAUUACAAAUGUUUUAACUAUUACUUCUUUGUUGACAGAUGUACUCACACUUGGAAGUAUGGUUGAAAAUAGUUUAAACUCGGUCGAGCGCGUUGGGAGGUAUAUAGAUUUAGCUUCGGAAGCACCAUCAAUUAUCGAGAGCAAUCGACCGCCCUCGGGAUGGCCUUCGUUUGGAGUUAUAAAAUUUGAUAGUGUUGUUUUACGCUAUAGACCCGAACUCCCACCCGUCUUGCAUGGGAUCUCUUUUAGUGUUCUUUCUAAGGAAAAGGUUGGAAUAGUUGGACGGACUGGGGCUGGAAAAUCAAGCAUACUUAAUGCUUUAUUUCGUAUUGUUGAACUAGAUACAGGAAGAAUAUUCAUUGAUGGUUUGGACAUUGCAAAAUUUGGAUUGUGGGAUUUGAGAAAAGUUGUUGGGAUUAUACCACAGUCACCUGUUCUUUUUUCAGGAAGUGUUAGGUUUAAUCUAGAUCCAUUCCAAGAACACGCUGACUUUGAUCUUUGGGAAGUUCUUGAGAGGACACAUUUAAUGGAUGUCAUAAGGAGGAAUACGUUGGGCUUGGAUGCUGAGGUUUUAGAGGGUGGACAGAAUUUUAGUGUUGGGCAAAGGCAACUAUUAAGCCUUGCUAGAGCACUUCUUCGACGAUCAAAAAUACUUGUUCUUGAUGAAGCAACUGCGGCGGUUGAUGUACAAACUGAUGCCUUAAUUCAGAAAAGUAUUAAGGAAGAGUUUAAAUCUUGUACAAUGCUCACUAUUGCACAUAGAUUAAAUACCAUCAUAGACUGUGAUCGAAUUCUUCUACUUGAGUUUGGACAGGUGUUGGAGUACGACACUCCAGAACAACUUUUAUCGAAUCAAGAAAGUGGUUUUUCAAAGAUUGUUCAAAGUACAGGAGUUACCAAUGCCCAAUACUUGCACAAAUUAGUAUUUGAAGGUCAAGACAACAUAGAAACAAGCAAGGAAAUGUGAACAUAUAUCAUAUAUAAUAAUGUAAUUAAAUUCUUCUUAAUUAGAAUCGAAUUAUUGUAUUGUGAACAAAUAUCAUAUAUAUUAAUGUAAUUAAAUUCUUCUUAAUUAGA